AUGAGUUCACUGUUCGGUCGCCGUGGCGCCAUCAUUGUGGCCUCAUUCCUCAUCUUUGUGGCAUCCGUUGGCUCGGCUUGCAUUACACUCAAUGACAAUGCGUGGCUGUCUCUUGGGAGCAUCAGACUAAUCGGCGGUGUCGACAUGGGCUUGAAGGCUACUAGCACCCCCAUCCUCGCAGCGGGAACGGCAGUUGGCUCGUGGAGAGGCUCUUCAGUUCUGUUAUGGCAGCUAUGGGUCUCUUUUGGCAUCAUGAUGUCUUUUAUUGUCAAUAUUUGUUUGAACCAGAUUUUCGACAAAAAUCUAAAGCUCCGUUUGAUUCUGGUGUCUCCAGCAGUGUUUGCGCUUAUGCUGAUGUAUACUGUCGCCGAAUGCCCCGAGUCAUUCCGCUACUACUUGAUGCCAGGGUCGAGAAAGUAUAGUCUUAAGAAGGCAUAUGCCUCGUUGCAGCGAUUGCGCAACACCAAGGGCGCGUCGCUUGCAACAUCCAUCAAUCUUCUAUUUGCUGGUUUCCUGGCACGGGUGCAACCCCUACUAGUCGCUGGUAUCAAGUUUGGGGGAAUAUUUGGAGUGUUUGCUGCCUUGAACGUCGUUGCCUUUGUUCUCAUCUUUCUUCUGAUGGAGGAAACCAGCGGCGUACCUCUUGAAUCUCUAGGAUCAGUCUUCAACCAGCCGAAGAAGGAUCUAAUCCACUUCCAGCUCUUCAAGUUUCUACCAUGGUUCGGUCGAUUCAUUCUUGGUAGGAGUAGUAUUGCCGAAAGACCAGAACGUACUGUCGACUUGAGUCCGAGCUCGGUGCCAGAUGCUUCGGUCACUGAUGAUGGUGAGGAACGCAUUUGGAGUAGCGAUACUGUUUCAAGUGGGAUGAGGCUCGCCGAUAUGUCAGGGGAAAACGGAAGAGGCUGA